AUGCUCCCGGCUCCCGGCGCAGCCGCCUCCCUGCAGCCCCGGGCGGGCGAGCGCGGUGCCGGGCGGCCGGGCCGGGGCCGCCGCAGCCCCCCCGCGCCCGCGGGACCCCAGCGCGCCGCCGGCAUGGCCGAGGGAAAGGAGGCAGGUGAGGCCCGGCGCAGCGAGGGGCGGACGGGGCAGCGUGGGACGGAGCGAUGGAGAGCGGAGCAAGGGAUGCGGGAGCGGGGAUGGAGCAACGGGGGAUGGAGGACGGAGGGGCAGGGGGAUGCGGGGCGCAGGACGCGGCGAUGGAGGGCAGAGGAUGAAGGAAUACGGGACGGAGAGAGGACGCGGGGCCGACCGCAGCAGCCGCUCGCAGCCGCCGGCCCGGCCGGGGGGCUCCGGUACCGGCGCCAGGCGGCUCGGUCCUCCGGGGAGGCUGAGCUCGGCCUCGUCCCCUCCUUCCCUUUCCCCCGAGACCUCCGGGUGGGGAAACUGAGGCACGGGGCGCGGCCCAAGGUCACCCCGCGCAGCCGGGACGGGCCCCCCCCGCCGCCUGCCGGCCCCCUGCCCGCCAAGGAGGAGGCUCGCCCGCAGCCCGAGGGGGCCAGCUGCGACCCCGGCCCCCCCAGCGCCACCCCCCCCGCCGAGACCUGCUGCCCCCCGCCCCCCGCAGACCCCCUGGACACCCGCAUCGUCAUGGGGGAGGAGACGCGCUCCCCCACCGCCCCCGAGCUCCGGGGGACCCCGUCGCCCUCCCCCCCGCCGCCUGCCGUGCCUUGUCCCUUCCCUGCUCCUGCCAAAGAGCCUUCCCCGGGCAGACCCCCCGCCGCCCCCCUGGACCCCGACCUGUUCUUCACGGCCCCUUCCACCCCCAUCCGCGCCGGGGGGUCCCGGCUGCCGCCGCCGCCCCACGAAGAGCAGACGGACGGGGAGAGCGAGGGGCUCUGCUCCCCCCCCACCUCCCCCUCCGGCUCCUACAUGACGGCCGAGGGAGGCAGCUGGGGGUCCUCGGGCACCGCCAGCACCUCCCCGUCCUGCUCCCCCAACCUGGUGGCCGAUGCCGAAGCCGUGGCCGAGGCCGAAGGCUCCGUGGAGGCUGCGGUGCUGGCGGCGCUGCCGUCCUGCCUGGAGGAUCCCCCCGUCUUUGCCUUGUCUCCCGAGGAGGAGGAGGAUGACGACGAGCCCUUUGUGCCGCCGGGUGAUGAGGAUGAUGAUGAGGAUGGGCAGACGCCAGAGGAAGACGAGGAUGAGGAGUGGGGGGUGCUGGGCCCCGAGGGCUUGCCCGGCGCCGGGCUGAUCCCCGCGGCGCUGCUGCCCUUCCGCGGCAGCCUCCUCUUCCAGGCCGAGGCCGUGGAGAUCGCGCCGCUGCCCCCCGGCUCGGCCCCCCUGCCCCUGUCCCGCCAGGACGAGGAGGAAGAGGAGGAGGAGGAGGGAGAAGAGGAGGAGGAGGGCGGCAGCACCUCGGCCUCCUUCCUGCGCUCGCUGUCCGAGACCUCCAUCCCCGAGGGGGUGGACGAGUCCUUCGCCUUCCGCGACGACACGUCGGCCUCGUCGGACUCGGCGGCGUACGACGGGGAGGAGGACGAGCGGCUGUACGGCACCGAGCGCCACGCGCUGCCCCCCGGCCCCGGCGUCCAGCUGCAGCUGCAGGCGGCGCACAGCGGCUCCCCGGAGCCCCCCGGCGCCGCAGACACGCGGCGGGAUGCCAGCGGGACCCCCACAGCGCCCCGCGGGGCAGGCGGCGUGGAGCCAGAUGGCGAGACCUUCCUCACCUCCUCCUCCUCCUCCUCGGAGCUGGAGCCCGGUGGCCCGUGGGAGCCUGACCCCGUGCCGGGGGGGGAUUCCCUGCCGCAGCCCGGUGCUGAGGAGGAGCCCCAGGACACGGCCGGUUCCAGCCCGGAGCCGGCCACCGGCAACGUGCUGCAGCCUCUGGGCCUCUGCUCCAGGGAGCCCAGGGACCCCCACAGCCACGUGCUGCGGGAGGACGGCGCACAGGCAGCGGCCAACGGGGAGCCCCAGCGCAGCCCUGGCAGCGACGCUGGCGAUGGAGGUGACGGUGACCGUGAGCUGGGCACCGGCAGAGCAGGGAGCACCGAGCCAGCAGCCACCCACGGCCACCAUGAGCCAGCCACCGUGGCCACCGACGUGACCCCCGGCCUGCCGGGCUCUGUGGCCACUGACCUGCUGGGGACAUCCAGCCUGCAGGAUGAGGUCGACGCUGACCUGGUACCUUUGGUGGCAGCUGAUCCGACGGACACCGUGGCCACUGAGCCGGUACCAUUGGUGACAGAGGAACUGGACACUGUGGCCACUGACCUGGAGCCAUUGGUGAUGCCUGAGGUGAUGGACACUGUGGCCACUGACCUGGAGCCAUCUGUGGCCACUGAGCUGAUGGAUACUGUGGCCACUGACCUGGAGCCAUCUGUGGCACCUGACCCGAUGGACGCUGUGGCCACGGACCUGGAGCCUUUGGUGAUGCCUGAAGUGAUGGACACUGUGGCCACUGACCUGGAGCCAUCAGUGGCCACUGAGCUGAUGGACACUGUGGCCACUGACCUGGAGCCUUUGGUGAUGCCUGAAGUGAUGGACACUGUGGCCACCGACCUGGAGCCAUCUGUGGCCACUGAGCUGAUGGACACUGUGGCCACGGACCUGGAGCCUUUGGUGAUGCCUGAAGUGAUGGACACUGUGGCCACUGACCUGGAGCCAUCAGUGGCCACUGAGCUGAUGGACACUGUAGCCACUGAUCUGGAGCCGUUGGUGAUACCUGACUUGGAGCCCUCGGUGGCCACUGACCUGGAGCCAUUGGUGACACCCAGCCCAUCAGAUGAGCUGGACACUGUGGCCACUGACCCGGUGGCAUCGAUGGAACCCAACCCACCAGCCGCUGUGGCCACUGACCCGCUGGCAUUGGUGGCACCCAGCCUGCCUGAGGAGGUUGACACUGACCUGGCACCAUCGGUGACACCCGUCCCACCAGACACCGUGUCCAGUGACCCAGAGCCAUCGGUGACCCCCAUCCCAACAGAUACUGUGGCCACUGAGCCAGUGCCAUUGGUGACCCCCAUCCCACCAGACACUGCUGCUGCUGACUCAGCACCACCAGUGACUCCCAUCCCAGCGGAUACUGUGGCCAUCAACUCAGCACCACCAGUGACUCCCAUCCCAGUGGAUACUGUGGCCACUGACUCAGCACCACCAGUGACUCCCAUCCCAGUGGAUACUGUGGCCACUGACUCAGCACCACUAGUGAGCCCCAUCUCAGUGGACACCCCUGCAACUGACACAGCACCCCCAGCGACCCCCAUCCCAACGGAUACUGUGGCAACCGACUCAGCACCACCAGUGACUCCCAUCCCACUGGACACCACUGCAACUGACUCAGCACCCCCAGUGAGCCUCAUCCCAACAGAUACUGUGGGCACCGACUCAGCACCACCAGUGACCCCCAUCCCAACAGAUACUGUGGGCACCGACUCAGCACCAUCAGUGAUCUCCAUCCCACUGGCCACUGCUGCAAGUGACUCAGCACCACCAGUGAGCCUCAUCCCAACAGACACUGCUGCAACCGACUCAGCACCCCCAGUGAUCCCCAUCCCAACGGAUACUGUGGCCACUGACUCAGCACCACCAGUGAGCCCCAACCCACUGGCCACUGUGGCCACCGACCCAGCACCAGCAGUGAGCCCCAUCCUGCUGGAUGGCACCACGGCACCCCUGCCGCAGGACGUGUCCCCCUGCAGUGCUGCUGAGGAGCUGGGGGCUGAAGUGGCCUCAGCCCUGGAGCCGGGGCUGAGCGUGUGUACCCCGGGGUUGCUGGCAGCUGAAGCCCCCAAGGAGCAGGAGGCCACAGCCUCAUCCCCAGAGUCCCCGCAGCUGCUGGAGCCGUCCCGUUCCCGCACCGGCUCCGGCUCCUUUGCCCCUGAGGACGGCGCCGGAGAGGCGGCCGUGCCCCCCGGACCCCCCGCCUCUGAGGAAGAGGAGCGGGAGGCUGCUGCCGGGCGCUGCCUGGCCCUCUGCCUGCCCCCCUCGCCUCCCAGCCUCCCCCCGGCUGUCUUCACGGCCUCGGAGCGGGAGGUGUACGUGGGGGAGCCCCCGGCCCCCCUGGAACUGCUCCAAGCACCCGGUGCCUUUGGGGAGCGGGGGCCGGCGUGGCAGCGCCGGGAGGAUCGCCAGCGCGUCAGCGCCAUGCUCCGGGGCUCCUUCGGGGCUCUGCCGGCGCCACGGCUGCCCCCCCGCGCCCCGCAGUCCCCCGAGGGGCCCCCCGAGCCCCCGGCCCAGCCUGCUGAGGAAGCCGAUGCCAAAGUCCCCCCCAGCGAGCCCCCGGCGCCCCCCGGGCAGCAGGAGGAAGAGGAGGCGAUGGCGGGGGCCGCAUCCAGCCCUGGGCCGGGCGGAGCGGGGGCUGCUGAGCUCGAGCUCCCCCCUGAGCCCCCCAACUUGCCAGCGGCCCCCUGUGCCCCCCUCCCCAAAGCCAGCCAAGUGCCUCCUGUCGCUGCGCCGCCGUCGCCCCCCCAGGCGCCCCCAGGGCUCCCCGCCAGCCAGGAGCCCCCGUUGCUCCCACCCCCCUCCAGGAAGCACCUCGAAGGUAAGAGAGACCCCCCAAAAAUCCCCCCUGCCCACGGUGGGGGGCCAGGGUGGGCAUCACCCAAGUCCGAGUCGAGCUCCUCCAGCGAGGGGGAGCCCCCGGCCCCCUGCCCCGAGGCGCAGCGGCUGCGCCCCGACAAGGGCCCCCCGGGCCGCUGCCAGCCCAACCACAGAGCCCCAGGGUCGUGUAACGAGUCGGAGAGUAACGACGAGUCCAUCCCCGAGCUGGAGGAGCCCGAGGGCUCGGAGCCGCCGCCACAGAGCCAGGCACAGCUCACCCACUCGCUGGGCACGGGCGAGGAGACCGUCAGCAAGGCCAAGCAGAGCCGCAGCGAGAAGAAGGCCAGAAAGGCCAUGUCCAAGCUGGGGCUGCGGCAGAUCCACGGCGUGACCCGCAUCACCAUCCGCAAGUCCAAGAACAUCCUCUUCGUCAUCACCAAGCCCGACGUGUUCAAGAGCCCCGCCUCCGACAUCUACAUCGUCUUUGGGGAGGCCAAGAUCGAGGACCUGUCGCAGCAAGUGCACAAGGCGGCGGCCGAGAAGUUCAAGGUGCCGCUGGAGCACUCGCCCCUCAUCACAGAGACAGCCCCCAGCCUCAGCAUCAAGGAGGAGAGCGAGGAGGAGGAGGAGGUGGAUGAGACGGGGCUGGAGGUGAGGGACAUCGAGCUGGUGAUGGCUCAGGCCAACGUGUCGCGGCCCAAAGCCGUGCGGGCGCUGCGGCACAACAACAACGACAUCGUCAACGCCAUCAUGGAGCUGACCAUGUAGCGGCCGGGAGCAUCCUGGCCCCCCUCCCUGUAUAGAUGCACAGUUACUGCCCCUC